AUGGGCAACGCGGAGGAAUGCGCGGACUGCGGCGGCGUCGCGCUGGAAGUGCAGGAGCCCUGGUGCAAGCUGCUUCUCUCUGGUGCCAAGACCAUCGAAACGAGGCGCUAUCCUCUCCCUGACGAUCUGCUGGGCAGGCCGCUGUCUCUGCUGCAGACCCCCGAAGGUGCACCGGGUCAGUCCGGGCUGCCGGACAUCGUGCCUCAAGGACACCCCUCUGCCCAGCUGGUCGCGCACAUCGCAUUUUCCGAGGUCAAGGAAUAUCGCAGCCUGCAAGAAUGGAAAGCUGACGAGAAGCUGCACCAGCUGGAGGGAAGGCGAGUCUGA